UUAGCCAGAUGAGGAUAAUCUUCACACGUUAAGCCCAUACACAGGAAUCAAAAUGGAAGAAUAUGGGCAUCAUGAUUUAUGGGCCUGUCUGCUCAAUAAAAGUCAAGCUGCAUUGGAAGUUGAAAAUAUCCCUUCACCUGCCAUUCCACAGAUCCCUUGUCUCGCGCAGCUUAUUCCGAUAUUCCUGUUAUUUAUCUUUGACUACACAGUAAUCCAUUAUUACUUUCUUCCUGAAUAUCUCGGGGACAAUUGCUUGUUCUUUGUUUGUUCAACCAUUAGUUUAGGUAUCUAUGCUUGUCGGGAUGCAGGAGGUCGUUUUCAGAUUAAAGAAAGUUCAGGCUUGGGAGAAAUGGGGAACUGAAAUGUGCCUCGGGAAGAUGCAAUUCCUUCCAGACGUCUCAAAUAUAUGUUCACUUAUUACUGAGCCUUCUUCUGUGCUGCUACAAAAACUUCCAGUGGCUGUUUUCUUGCCUUACUAUGCAAAACAGUAGAAGCAAUAAUUUAUUAGUACUGUACAACAAACCUCUUCCUGUUCUCCAUGCCCAUUGGUCACCAUCAAAUUUUUUUGGGAUAACGAGGAAGACCCACCUGCUGAUUUGGUCAAAUUUCCUACUGCAACUUAUUGGAAAAAAUUCUGCUGCCAAUAUGAAGAUGCAGGUCUGCCAGAAGAGCAUGACAUGAAAUUUGAAAAACUUCUGUCAUAUAUUUAGUACGGGGCUCUGUAAUGCACUCGGAGCUCUGUGAAAUGCAUUCCGGGUUUUAUGGACUGGAUCAAGGCCUUACACGUUUGGAAAUGAACUCUCUGCAACCAUUCCUGCAGUGAAAAGGGGGAACACUUAACCCUAACUGUGUGAGUGAAUUCUUUAUCUUAUUAUUUAUGGGUUCUGAAAAUUUUGAAUUGACUCUGUAUUAGGAUAAUGGAUAAUGAUGAUUGUGGUUUGCCCAGAGCAUUAAUGGAAACCCCUUGUCCUAGAAAGAAGAUAAACUUAAAGUAGACGAGAAGUUUUGGGUUCUGCUUUUUGAAAAGAUUUCUGUUACGGAUGUGUUUAACUUGCUUAAAAGUCAUUAGCCCUGGUCUAUAAAUAUAAAAGGGAAUAUGCAUUGUACAUUGUGCGAUUCUGAUUCACAGGUCUGAGACGUGUGUUCGAUGCCUAAAAAGCCUGUGGCAUUACCUAUCUCGGGCUCUGUAUUUUAGGUACUGUCUCCUAUAUCCUUUUAACAGGUCACUCGGCCGGACAGUUUUUUUCCCACAGUUCUUAUUACAGUCAUUUUUGUGUACUGCAAACAUUGAUAUGGUCUAAUGGGUUUGCAUAUCCCUUGGAGAAGUUUAAGUAUGAGACACAGGGUUUGAACCCGAGCACUGGCUUUUCUGGCGAGCAGGAAAAAUAAUUUCCUUAAACACCUAGAAUGAAUCCCAACGGUUUAUUGCUUGAAGGAGAACCAAUGGGUAGAGAAGAGUUUCUACAAGGGCAUGACAAGCUGCCUGAGCAACCCAAAUCAUGGGGAUUUCAGCAGCUUUUAACUUGUUCAAACUUGGAUGUGGGAAGAGAAGAUGAGCUUUUGUAUGUCUCUGGAGCCGAUUUUAAUUUGAUUAAUUCUGGAUCAGUCCAGGGUUUUGAACCAGAAAGCUGCAUAACCCAAGUCUCAGAGGCGUUUACUAGUUCUCUCAGAAAGCAUAACAGGCAGGCAAAACAUCAGCCUUCUGGUCAGGAGGAGGGCAUGAGCUCUGCAAGCUGCUCAGAGCCUCUGUACUCUUCAGGAAAUAAAAAGGGUACAUGUUCGACUCACAGCGCAGCCACCAACAAACGUGAAGGAAGAAAGAGGAAGCGUUCCAAGGUGUGUAAUAAGGGAGAAGAAGCAGAGAGCCAGCGGAUGACCCAUAUUGCUGUGGAACGCAACCGCCGAAAGCAGAUGAACCAACAUUUGAAUGUGUUGAAAUCUCUAAUGCCGGACUCAUUUGUUCAGAGAGGAGAUCAAGCAUCCAUCAUUGGAGGUGCCAUUGAUUUUGUGAAAGAGCUUCAACAUGUUUUGCUGUCUUUGGAGGCUCAGAAAAGCAGGAAUCAAUGUGACGAGGAAGGAUGUCAAAGCCCAAGCAGGUCUUCUGCCAUUCCCAAUGGCUUCUUUCGAUCAUACUCUCCUUUUGAUAGGAAUACCAGGUAUUUUGAACAACCGGCCGCCAGUAAACUUGCUGCACAGAGUAAGUCUGCAGUGGCUGAUGUCGAGGUUACCAUGACAGAAACUAGGGCCGCCCUGAAGGUGGUGUCUCAGAAGAGGCCAGGGCAGCUUCUGCACACCAUUUCUGCACUACAAAAUCUUGCCAUCUCCAUUUUACACAUGAGUAUCACCACCAUUUCUCAGUCAGUGCUCUACUCGUUCAAUCUCAAGCUUGAAGAAGAAUGCCGAGUGGAAUCAGCAGAGGAAAUAGCCAGUGCAGUUCAACAAAUUUUGAGCAUGAUUUCAUUAGAUGAGACUGGAAUUGCUGCUUAUUGAUUAAUGGGCAACUUUUAUUCGAAAUGCCCAUUUCAAAUUUUCUCAUUCCUGAUCAUCAUGUUUUUUUGUAAUCGCUGCAAUAGCUCUGUAUUUUGUACCUUGCACUGUGAACAACUACACAACCAGCAAUGAACUUGUAUACAUUUAUUUUUGCUUCUUCUU